GGAAGGAUUAGUGAGAGGCCUCAGUCUUAUUAAUAUCAUACAUGACUGCUCGCCACACGCUGCGGCCUUUCUUUUUUCCUGCUGUGAGCUAAAAAUAGAGCCCACAAUUCAUCGCCUUUGUUCAUUUAAGGUCCCUUUGCAGACUGGGCCUGCCUGUCUCUUUAAUCCCAACUCGUCCUCUGCUUGAUAGCUUCUCUGAAAGGAGCCAUGGUCACAUUAUAGACUUAAAUUCUGCAAGCCUUCUUAUUGAGGAGGAAAUGACCCAACUGAGUGUCCGUCGCUGGACGCCCAAACAUGUGGCCAAGUGGCUAAAGGAAGAGGGCUUCUGUGACUAUGUGGACCUUUUGUGUUACAAGCAUCGACUGGAUGGCACCAGUUUACUCGCCCUCAGCGAGUAUGACCUCCGCUCACCACCUCUGGAGCUCAAGGUGCUGGGGGACAUCAAGCGGCUAAUGGUGUCGAUCCGCAAACUCCAGAAACAGAACAUGGAUGUGUUGGAGGAGCUGGGUCUUCCCUUUGAUGGCCACUCGCCUACAGGCUCCGGAGGCAGUUUGGACUGGCUGUGUAAUGGGGACCCAAGCAGAGACUGUGACAGCACUGACACAGCACCAGUGGGAGAGGAGUAUCAUCAGUACACCAAUGGGAAAUACAAGCAGCAGACAAGGCGCCUUGAUCCAGAGUACUGGAAAACAGUGUUGAGCUCCAUCUAUGUGGUGUUUGUAUUUGGGUUCACGUCCUUCGUCAUGGUCAUAGUGCAUGAGAGGGUGCCUGACAUGCGCAUGUACCCUCCACUGCCAGAUAUUUUCUUAGACAGUGUCCCUAGAAUACCAUGGGCCUUUGCCAUGGCAGAAGCAUGUGGAGUGAUACUCUGUAACAUCUGGCUGCUGGUUCUGCUACUACAUAAACACAGGUCCAUCCUUUUGCGGCGCAUGUGCAGCCUCAUGGGGACGGUGUUUAUGCUGCGCUGCAUCACCAUGUUUGUCACCUCCCUGUCUGUGCCAGGACAGCACCUGCAAUGCUCAGGAAAGAUGUACGGUGACAUGUGGGCCAAACUGCAGCGAGCUGUGGCCAUCUGGAGUGGCUUUGGGAUGACACUGACAGGAGUGCAUACGUGUGGUGACUACAUGUUCAGCGGCCACACUGUGGUUCUCACCUUACUUAACUUCUUUGUCACAGAGUACACCCCAAGAAGCUGGAACUUCAUUCACACGUUGUCAUGGGUCCUUAAUCUCUUUGGCAUCUUCUUCAUCCUGGCUGCACAUGAGCACUACUCAAUUGAUGUGUUCAUAGCGUUCUACAUCACUACAAGACUCUUCCUGUACUACCACACUCUAGCCAACACUCGGGCUUACCAGCAGAGCCGGCGAGCUCGCAUCUGGUUCCCCAUGUUCUCUUUCUUUGAGUGCAACGUCAACGGGCCCGUUCCCAACGAGUAUUGCUGGCCCUUCUCUAGACCCACCAUGAUGCGGAGGCUGAUUGGAUAAUGAACGGCAUUGGUACUGUCAGACACUUUUUAGCCCAUGCUGUUUUUUUUCUGCUUUGUUAAGUUGCCAACUUGAGGCCGUGUGUGUGUGUGUGUGUGUGUGUGUGUGUGU